UCCAGCACCGGCGGCGAUAUUCAGGGAGGAGAUGGCGGCCAGAGGGGGGUUUCAAUCAACACCGACUGCUGGUGGCGGUGGAGCAAUGGGACCUGGGCCACCGGUACCAGGCGCAGCGCCAGGUAUGGGACCUGGGACUCCCUCUGGAAGAAUGGGACCGACAUCGGGCGCACAGAACCACAUGUACCGCUCUCCGAUGCCCGGGCCUGGGUACCCGAGACCGGGCAUGCCCCCAUCCAGCCGUAUGACCCCGCAGGGCCCCGCCAUGGGCCCACCGGGUUACGGCAGCAGCCCCGUGUCUCGCCCUGGGAUGCCCGGCGUAAUGGACCCGUCCCGGAAAAGGCCCGCUCCUCAGCAGAUCCAGCAGGUUCAGCAACAGCAGAACCGCAACCAGCACACAAAGAAGAAGAAGAUGGCUGAUAAAAUUCUACCUCAGAGGAUCAGAGAGCUGGUCCCAGAGUCUCAGGCUUACAUGGAUCUUCUGGCUUUUGAGAGGAAGCUGGAUCAGACCAUCAUGCGCAAACGGCUCGACAUUCAGGAGGCCCUAAAAAGGCCCAUAAAGCAAAAGAGAAAGCUCAGAAUUUUUAUAUCCAACACCUUCAAUCCUGCGAAGCCUGAUGCUGAGGAUGGAGAAGGAACAGUUGCAUCAUGGGAGCUGCGUGUUGAAGGGCGACUAUUAGAAGAUACUGCUGUGUCCAAGUAUGAAGCUACCAAACAAAAACGAAAGUUCUCUUCCUUCUUUAAGUCACUUGUGAUUGAAUUGGAUAAAGACCUGUAUGGACCAGAUAAUCACCUUGUGGAAUGGCACAGGACGGCCACUACCCAGGAGACGGAUGGUUUCCAGGUGAAGAGGCCAGGUGAUGUGGGAGUUCGCUGCACCGUCCUGCUCAUGCUGGAUUACCAGCCCCCCCAGUUCAAGCUGGACCCCCGACUGGCCCGCAUGUUGGGUAUCCACACUCAGACCAGACCUGUCAUCAUCCAGGCUCUGUGGCAGUACGUCAAAACACACAAACUCCAAGAUCCGCAUGAGCGCGAGUUCAUCAACUGUGACAAAUACCUCCAGCAAAUUUUUGAAACGCAGCGAAUGAAGUUCUCCGAAAUCCCACAGCGCCUGCAUGCUCUGCUGAUGCCUCCAGAACCAAUCAUCAUCAACCAUGUGAUCAGUGUGGAUCCAAAUGAUCAAAAGAAGACUGCUUGCUAUGACAUUGAUGUGGAGGUGGAUGACACGCUGAAGACCCAGAUGAACUCAUUCCUGCUCUCCACAGCAAGUCAGCAGGAAAUAGCAGGAUUGGAUAACAAGAUCCAUGAAACUAUUGAGACCAUCAACCAGCUGAAAACCCAGAGGGAGUUCAUGUUGAGCUUUGCCAGGGAUCCUCAGGGCUUUAUCAACGACUGGCUUCAGUCCCAAUGCAGGGACUUCAAGACUAUUACAGAUGUUGUAGGAAACCCAGAAGAGGAGCGGAGAGCAGAGUUUUACUACCAGCCGUGGGCUCAGGAGGCGGUGUGUCGCUACUUCUACUCCAAGGUCCAGCAGAGGAGGCAGGAGUUGGAACAGGCGCUUGGAAUCAGGAACACUUGAAGAGGUUUUUCCCCAUGAAACAUCCCGACAGGAAAGAGAUGGGCCAAGUUGUGCUGUUGGAGUUGAUUAGUGUGUGUGUGUGUGUGGGUGUGGUGUGUGUGUGGUGGGGGGGGGGGUGUUCAAACUGAAGUCUGCAAAUUUUUCGUUAAAACUGAAAGAAUGAAUAUCAAAUGACUUUACUGUUAAAUAUGAUGUUACUUUGUAAUAUUUUUUUAUUCAGUUUAACAAUUAGGUUAGUUUCUGCUUUAGGUUUUAUGUAAAGUGUUUUUUUUUUCCUUACCACAUUUCAUUUUUCUGCUGCUUGGUUAGCUUUACACAUUCCUUUUGUAUUUGGUAUACUGACACAAACGCAGAGAGAUGUUGAAUUGUCCUUGGAAAUUUCAAAUGUAAUAUUUCCCUGGAAAAAAUGUUGCGCAUGCUUUUGCGCCUUUGCUUUGUUGUAUUGAGACUAAAAUGACCUUUUGCGCUCCCUACCAGCCUUCAGGUUUUCACCCCAGGAGGUAAAUAUUGAUCGUGACUGUUUGUGAUCAGUUUGGCUUUUUUGCUGCAUAUUGACCGUUUGUGUGUCACUUGGAUUUUAGCUGUGUUGGUCUGUUUUGACAGCGCCACAGUCUGUGUGAGGCAUUUUACGGCUCAGUGAAUUGUGGGAGAACACUGUUGCAUUACGACGGUUCUCUUUCUUUCUUUCUUUCUUUUUUUUUUUUCAAUGUUUCCUUUUAAUAUGAAGUUUAGUCAUUUUUUUGUUAUUAGUGAUUCUUGUUUUAAAAAUAUGUAUUACAUCCAUGCUUGUCUUGUUAGAUAGUACAGAUAAUCAUGAAAGUAGAUAGUAUGGGUACCUCUAGUUAUUUAGUUUUGUAAAUACUGAGCAAAAAUAAAAAUUUCAGAUGAAUAUGAAGUUAACCUCUAAGUUUUUGUCUACUCUGAUUGUUGCCACAAUAUUUAUAUUAAUUGGCCCAACUUUCUGAGCAGUUAUUUGACUCUGUUGCUCAAAUUCACUGAACCACCUCUCUUAACAGCAACAUGCUUUCAAAAUUAUGUUGCUUGUCAAAUUAACUUCACAUAAUUCACUAAUACAAAGAGAAACAGUGACUGAGGCUGAUGAGAAGCAAUCUAAUUUCUCUCUGCAAAUCGGGUUGUUUUCCCUGUCGCAGGUUAAGAAGAGUGUUGGGAACAAAUUGUGAGUUUUAUUAAUUCAAAGAAUACACUAAUGUGGGUAUGGGGCGGUGUGUGAGUUGGCCUCUGAGAUGUGAAAACACUGAGUGGAUAGUAGAGCUGUGUGAAUCUGCAAACUUUUUUUCAUGGACCAAACCUAUUUUCUGUAUGUUACUGUUAUAAUAAAGGAUAUGUAAAAAGU